UCCAUCCCGGAGAUUGGUAGCAGACGUCUCCUUCAAGUGGGUGGUGGCCUGGCCGCCUUCCUGCGCGCUUGCGUGGGAAGGCCAGCAAGGAGAAAGAGCUGGUUUUCAGGAAAGACUGAAGUCUAGAAAAAGUGCUGCCGAUGCUUUCGCGCUCGGGGCUCGGAGAAUGACUUCGAGUCGGCACUCAUGCGCGGAACUAGCCCAAAUCUGAGGCUGCUCGGAAUAGGUUCGGCUUCCGCACAGACGGAAGCGAGUUCUCUUGUAGGGAGAUGGCCAUGGCAAGUUGUCCUGCAGUGCGUUGGCCGUGGCAAGCUGGCUGUGGUGAAUUAGCCGUGGUGCAACAGGAAAAAAGAGUUUGCUGAUCAAAUCUUAGAAUGGACAGUUAUUUUAAAGCAGCUGUCUCUGAUUUGGACAAAUUACUUGAUGAAUUUGAACAGCACCCAGAUGAACUUGAAAACAACAGCACUAUAAAUCUUUGUAAUUCUGAGCAACACUUAGUUUUGUCAGAUUCAUCUUACCAGCAGCCAAAAUCCUUUGAGCCAAAUGUGGAAGAAAAUGCCAGUUGUGCUAUAUCAAAUGUAUGCUCAUUAUCUUCUCAAACUACAAAAGUAGCAAAUUUUGAACAAUUGAACUCUGACCAGAAUGAGAAAAAUGUUACUGGUUUAGAUCUUCUGUCCAUGGUGGCUGGUGAUUCUUCAGAUAAAAAUCAGUCGUCUUGCUUGAAGGGAUGCACUAUACCUGUCUGCGAUCUUAUCAGUGACACGGGUGGCUUGAAGCAGAUAAAAAAUAAUUUAGGAUGCAUUCAAAAGUUUCAGCCAGAUGAGUCUCAGUACGGUCUUUCAAUUGAUGGCUUUGAUUUAGCACUUCUGUCAACAAAAGCUAAUAAUUCAGUGGUUGCUGAUCACAUUUCUAAUUCUGGUACACAGCAACAGAUUGAUAAAACACUGUACAGAAUACAAAAUAAUGCAGCAGGAGAACUUAAUCAGUUGGAAUUAAAGACAGACACUUCUUUUGAACCAAAUAUAACAGACUCUAGUGAAGAUCAAGAAAAAACAAAAUGUUUGAAAAAUAAUAAAAUACCUGACCAGAAAGAACAAGUGAUAGGAACUGAUGGAGUAUCAGCUUCAGUAAUUCAUCUUUCAUCUGUUCUUGGAUCCAAAGAUGAAUCAACAUGUGAAAAGCUGCCUUGUGAGACACCAGUGGAUGAAAAUAGUUCAAAAAGUCAAAUGAUACAUGAUGAGAGUGACAAACAAGGCAUUUCAGAAGACAUAAAUGAAUCAGAAGCAUUGCAUUUGCCAAAGAUCCAUGAAGUGAAUAAUCCCAAUGUAAUGUAUAACAAAAAACCUUUAUGUGAUUCUGCUCUUCAGACAGAAAAUGUGCUAGCUUCAAAUAAAGAACAUAGCACAACUGACAAGUUUUGUAAAGCACAGCAAUAUAUUGAUACAACUUUAAAUACGGUUUCAGUACCAGAGAUCUCUGAAGACAUACAGACUUCACUAUCCUGUCUUCCACUUGCAGUUUCUAUAUGUAAAUCAUUAGUUAAUACUGAUGACACAAAUGCAAAGAUUACUCAGAAAGAAGAUGGCAUUAGAGACAUAGCACUGCACAGUGAAAAUAGCUUUGGAGAAGGUGAUUCUUUUGGAAAACCAGAAACUUUAGAAAAGGAGAGCAGUCUAAACCAAACCAAUGAAUGUGAGAUAGAGAAAACUUCUUUAAUAAGUAGAGAAGGUGUUGUUUCUAGUAAUUAUAAGCCUUUCCAACAGCAGGAUUCUGUUGUGACUACCAGUCCCUUUUUGGCUAAAGAUACCGAAAUGUGCAGCAGUGUUUGGCCUAUUGAUGUUGAUGAAAGACCUUUUGUUGAUCUAGUUUUAGAAGAAGACAUUAUUGGAAGCAACAUGCUCAUUAGUGAUAGUGAGCUUGAUGCCUUUUUGUCUGAACAUUGUCUUGAAGCAAAUAAUUCAAAGCCUCUGAAAGAAGACACUAGCAGUGGACUUUUGGAAUCUGAUGUAAUAAAUGACAACUUACUGGAUAUAAGCAAUCUGAAUAUCAAUAGAGACAGCAUACAAGCAGAAUUGGAAUUUAAGAAAGCAAAAGCCUGUAAUGAAAAUAAUUUUAUCAGUAUUCCAGAAUCUAGCUUAGGGAUCCUAGUGAAAAAACACACACAGCAGGUUCAACAAGAGACUGUAGAUAACGCAAUUGAGAUUGGAAAUGAAGUUUCAGAUUCAUUAAAUGGCCAGCCAACAGUGCACAGUGGAGGAGCAAGACCAAAGCAGCUGCUAAACCUUCAACCAAAAGCCCCAAUUCCUUCUGAGUUUAGCAGUAAAAAUACACCUGGAAACGAAUCUCAAAUGAUAAAUUCCACAGACUCAAAUACCUUUGUCUCUGAUGGUAAAAUGUCUCCUGAAUCGGAUGCUAGCCAUAAUAAUGUUGAUGGACAAAGAUGCUUGGGAAUCAUGAAAGAAAAUGUCUUACCUAUGGUUUCAGAGCCAAGGAAAGUAGUGGGACGAGCUACAGCCUUGGGACAGAAGCAGCCAUCCUGGCUUCCUGACUUAGAAGCAUCAAAGUGCAUGAAUUGUCAAGCCAAAUUCACAUUUACAAAAAGAAGACACCACUGUCGUGCCUGCGGAAAAAUUUUUUGUGCUCCCUGUUGCAAUCGAAAAUGCAAACUCCAAUAUCUGGAUAAAGAAGCAAGAGUCUGUAUAAGCUGCUAUGAGUCCAUUAACAAAGCACAGGCAUUAGAAAAAAUGAUGAUCCCAACUGGUCCAGCAUCUAAUUCUGUAUUGCCUGAAUCUUCAGCUGUUCCAUCUCUGCAUGAAACCCAGACAUCUGGAUUACUCCCUAAAGACCAGAGAAGAGUUUGGUUUGCAGAUGGAAUUUUACCUAAUGGAGAAGUUGCAGACACAACAAAAUUGUCAUCUGGAGCCAGGCGAUUCCCACAGGAACCUGUUGGAAGCCCAACAAAUGAAACUGUCUCUGCAACUGAUACCAAGUCAAAAGAUGAAAUGCAUGUAGCUGAACAAACUGGGAUUGCAAGGGGUUCCACUUCUGUUCCACAGGAAGACAUAUUGCCCAGUAAUGAGCAGCUUGACUUAUCACGUGAUUCUGACUGUCUGCCCGUUGCACAAACUGAAGUGCUGUGUGACUCUGACUUUGUGACCGCAGCUGUUACUGAAGUUCCUACUGUUUCUGAACUAGCAAAGGAACCUCUUCCUGCUGCAACUGAUCAAGCAAGUGAUACCCCUACUAGUAUAUUAGAUUAUAGGAUGCUUUGUUAUAUUGAAAACUAUGUUGGUAAGGAGGUCAGCCUUAUUCCUGGUGAUGGAUUUCCACCUCUUCUGCUUGCAAGAGGAGAAAAAGGUAAAGAAUCCUUAGUAGAAGAACAUCCUUCUAAUGAGCAAGUUACCUUAUUGCUUGAAGAAUCUAAUCCAUUGACAUUCAUUCUAAAUGCAAACUUACUAGUGAACGUCCAGAUACGAUCUUAUAAUUCAGAAAAAUGCUGGUAUUUCUCCACCAAUGGAAUGCAUGGCUUGGGGCAAGCUGAAAUUAUCAUACUAUUACAUUGUUUAUCAGAUGAAAGUGAUAUGCCUAAAGAAAUAUUCAAUUUAUUUAUCAACAUAUAUAAAGAUGCCAUGAAAGGAAAAUUUAUUGGAAAUUUGGAAAAUAUUACAUUCACUGAAGACUUUUUUGGAAGCAAAGAGCAUGGUGGAUUUCUGUUCGUUACACCCACUUUUCAGAAGUUAGAUGAUCUCAUGCUACCUUCAAAUCCCUUUUUAUGUGGCAUUCUUAUUCAUAAACAGGAAGUACCUUGGGCAAAAGUUUUUCCUAUUCGCCUGAUGUUGAGAUUAGGAGCUGAAUAUGGGGUAUAUCCAACUCCAAUGACAAGUAUCAGACAUAGAAAGCCACUGUUUGGAAAAAUAGGCCAUACAGUCAUGGAUUUACUUGUUGACCUUAGAAACUAUCAAUAUACCUUACAUACAAUAGAUAAUUUAUUUAUUCAUAUGGAAAUGGGUAGAAGUUACAUUAAAAUACCUCUGAGGAAAUAUAAUGAGGUAAUGAAAGUAAUAAACACUUCUAACGAACAUGUCAUUAGCAUUGGAGCAGGUUUUAAUUCUCAAGCUGAUUCCCACUUAGUUUGUGUACAAAACGAGGAUGGAAUAUAUCAAACACAAGCGAACAGUGCCACUGGACAUCCUAGGAAAAUUACAGGUGCAAGUUUUGUAGUGUUUAAUGGAGCACUAAAAACAUCUUCUGGAUUCCUUGCUAAAUCCAGUAUUGUUGAAGAUGGAAUAAUGGUACAGAUCACUCCAGAAACUAUGGAGGGCUUGCGUCAAGCUCUGAGUGAAAAAAAAGACUUUCGAAUUACAUGUGGGAAAGUGGAUUCAGGAGAUUUCAGAGAAUAUGUAGACAUUUGUUGGAUAGAAAAUGAUGAGAAAACAAACAUGAGAAUUAAAAGCCCGAUAGAUGGGAAAUCUAUGGAAGGAGUACGGAGUGAAAAAAUAGUUCAAGAAGAAUGUUUUGAAGUGGAUGGAAAACUUGUAAAAUGUACCGAAGUAUUCUAUCUAUCAAAUGUUAGUGAGCUACACGAUAGUGUUCAUCAGCUUGCUAAAGAAAUUGCAUUGGCUUCUUAUAUUGCACUUGGAAAGCAUCUCAAAACACUGAAAAAUAAUGGAAUGAACAAGAUAGGCCUCAGAGUCUCUAUGGAUGCCGAUAUGGUAGAAUAUCAGGCAGGAUCUGGAGGCCAGGUUCUUCCACAGCAUUACUUAAAUGAUUUGGACAGUGCUUUGAUUCCAGUAAUUCAUGGCUGGCUAUCCAAUACUACAAGCUUACCACUGGAAAUCGAAUUAAUAUUUUUCAUUAAUGAGUCUCUUUUAAUAUAACUGGCAAGUAUAUUAUAAUGUAAUGAAUUGAAUUGCUCUAUUGACCAAUACCAAAGCAGUUAACAUUACAUUAUCAAUGAAAUAUUCAAGUGUUUUUAUGCCAAUGAUUUAGCAGUCUUCUAAGAGAGCUUUAUUUAAUUAAAACUUGUUUUUCCAUCUUUACUUAAACAGAAAAUUAAUUAAACUGUACACUUUCUUUAUGUUCUGAAAUGUUACAUUUAAUACAAUUAAGGCAAGGAAGGAAUAGAGUUAGCAUGUGUGAUUAAGGAAUUAUCUCUGUUUUACAGAUAAUAUUCUUUGCAAUAACUGGUAAAUCUAGUGAAUUAUUCUUAACUAUUUUGUGUGAUUUUUAAAAAAUAUCACAUUUAAAUGGAGUAGAAGUUUCUUGCUGCAUAAUUCAGAUAUAAAAGCUGUUAAUUACUAGAAUAUUGGCAUAAUUAUCCUAUCUUGAAAAUGUUUCUACAAGUAUAAUUAUCUUUCUGAUGAAACCAGUAUGUUUUUGACAGAUGUGAUCAUUUUAUAAAGUUAUACAUUUUUAAUAUUGGUAAAUUUUAAAGUAUAUAUUAUUGCUGGAACUUGAGAGUUCCCAUUUUAAUGGCUGACUUUGUUAUAUAUUUAUAAUGGCUUUAAUGAACAUAAAAUUAAUACUUUUUAUAUUAAAUACUUAAUAAUAUUGUUUUCUUCUGUGCUCAGAUAUACAGUUGUUUCUUGGAUUUUCCAAGAAGAAAUAAGAAGUCAGAUGACCCUUAAAGUAGUCAUCCUGUAGCAGUAAAUCAGGCACGAAGCCUGUCUAUGCUCCUUUCUCUACUUUUUGAGACCUCUUGUAUCCCUGUUUAUGUUCAGGGAGAACAAUGUGUUAGUUUGAAUAUCAAUGAACAGUUUGCCAUAAAAUACUUGAGGCUCUUUAUAGAAGUCUUAUUUUUGUAAUGGGUUAUUUUCAAAUAAGUAAGCAUUUAUGUACCAGAAAAAUGAUUGAGAUUACUGCUCAAAUAACCUAAAUCAAGUUUGAUAAUGCCUGCAUAAUGUUGCUGUUUGUUGUGUAUUAUAGGAAAUUAUAUGUCGGUGUGUCUUUGAAUUAUUUAUACUUAUAUUCCUAUAACGGCAAACAUAUAUUCUAAUUAUAACUAAAUGCCUUGACAUUAGAUGCAUAUAUGAACUACAGUUACAAAGGCAAUUUAUUGCUCAGAUAUUUGACAAUUACAGAUUAAAGGCACAGAAGUGUAGAAGACUACAAUAAAUUAGUCCCAUGGGCCAUUGUAAUGAAAACAUUGUACUCCUUUGUAUCAAGAAUUGUACAUUUGUUGUAGACUAAAUGUUACAUAAUAUGCAUUUGUUUCUCUGUUCUGCUACUGUUGAGCGUAUGAUGGCAGCAGACAAUGUUAAAUGUUUGAAGCAUUGAUCCAUAAUGUAUAAACAUGACUUCUUAAGACACAAUUUUGUAUAGCACCAAGCAUUACUCUGUUAUAAUAACUUUUUGUUCUCUGGAGGAUCCUUUUAUAAAUAAUAACAUUAGGCUUUUAUUUUAGAAUAUAAGUAUUACUAUAUAAACAAAGAUUAUCAAAAAUUUUGUAAAUUAAGCUCAUGAUGCUUUAACAAUCCAGAAGCAACAUUUUUUUUCUAUUUAGAUCAUUUAGAUACUUCUUUUCUUUUAAUGGUUCAGUUCAGUUAAAUUUCAUCAGUUCCUUAUCUGUUUUUAAAAAGGUAUUCAUGAAAAUGUUGGCAGCUCUUUUGAUAGCACUGAUUAGAAUAACAUAGAAAAAUAGGAUUGGAAGGGCCCAAUCCCCUGCUCAAGCAGGAGACUUUAUAUAAUUGCAAAAAAAAAAAAAAAUGGUUGUCCAAUAUCUUCUUGAAAAUCUCCAGUGAUGGAGCACCCACAACUUCUGAAUAAUUGCUGUCAUUGUCAAGAAAUUUCUCCUUAGUACUCAGUUGGCUGUCUCUUUAAUGAUCUUCCACCCGUUAUUUCUUGUUCUGCCCUCAGGUGCUUUGGUGAAUAGGUUGACCUCCCUCUUCUCUAUAACAGCCCCUCAAGUUCUGGAAGACUGCUAUCAUAUCACCCCUAUGCCUUCUCUUUGUUAGAAUAAACUAGACAGACCCUUAUCUUUAUUGCUCUUCUCUGUACUCUUUCUAGGGUCUAAGUAUCUUUUUUGCAUCAUGGUGGCCAGAUGCAGUAUUAGAUGCAGUAUUACAAGUGUAGUCUCACAAGUGCAGUAUAAAGCGGUACUAUCAUUUCACAUGAUCUUGAUACUAUCCUUCAGUUGAAGCAGUUUUGAACUGCGUUAGUAUUUUUGGCAGCUGCAACACGCUGCUUGCUCAUACCUAAUUGGUGGUCCACUGGGACACUUAGAUUCCUCUCACAUAACUAGUGUUAAGACAGACACUACUUAUUCUGUAUCUAUGCAUUUGUGCUUAAGUGCAGAAUCUUACUUGUCUCACCACUGAACUGCACCUUGUUGGAUUCAGCCCAAUGCUCAAGUCUACCAAGAUUCUUCUGAAUCUUGAGUUUAUCUUCCAAAGUAUUGGCUAUUUCCCCCAGCAUGGUGUCUGCAAAUUUAAUGAAUUCCCCUUCUAUCCCCUCAUCCACAUCAUUUAAGAAAACGUUAAUGAGUACUGAGCCUAAGACAGAACCUUUGAGGUACUCUACCACAUUCUUCCGUCAAUGUAGGUAUUGUUCCAAUGAGGACUACUCACUGAGUGUGAUUGAUCAGCCAAUUGUGAAUUCAUCUAGUGGGGGUAUUGUCUAUCCCACAUUGUUCUAGCUUACAAAGAAUUAGGCUACUUUGUCAAAUGCCUUACUGAAGUCUUAAGUCUGAUCCACUAAUUCAGUUUAAAUUAGAUGUUUCUUUUAAUUUAAUAUUUCAGUUAAUUUAAUGGAUCUUUCUAUUCACUAAAAUUGGGAGUGAUAUCUUACUUCAUAUUACUGAAAACUUGUUGAAUAACCUAUAAAAAAGCAAACUUAUGACUGUGUUGAAAGCAUAGAUAAUAAAAUGUGAGAUUGCAAGAACUUCACAUCUAAUUUUACAUACCUAAAGGAAUCUUGGUAUUUUCCUUUAAAUAAAGGUGUUCCUUCACUACAUUGGAAUAUUCUUUUUAGGCUUAUUGUGAUAUGACAGUUGGAUGGAAAAGAAAGCUAAAUGGCCCUAGAUAGAGGCCCUUUAGGCAUUGACAGCUUUUUUUUAUGGCAAGUCUUGUUGCCUAUAAUUCAUCUGCAAUUCAUAUGUGGGACCAUCCAAUUAUGACCUCAAGGUAUGUACAAAUCUGUUAGACAUUAUCACUCAAAAUGACUAGAACUAGGAUUGGGAAUAGCAAAUGUCACAACAGCAUAAUUUUCUGCUAAGCAUGGAUGGUAUCAUAACUUAGUGGUGAAAGCUCUAUCAUUAUGUGGUUUAUUUGGUUUUGUUAUGUGAACUAUGAUUUAUUUGGUAAAUGAAGUUAAAUAAAUCAGCACUGUGUAUGAAUUCAAUCAUUAUGAUUACCUUGCAAUAUUUCAUAAUGUGUUAGGUAAGCAAAAGAGUUUAUUCUUCAAAAUAUUUUUCAGGUUGAGCUGAAAUUACCAAACAUAGUUGGCACAGUCACAUACUCUUCUGACCCAGUGAUGUUUGGCAAUGUUCCAGAUCACCUGUAAACAUUUCAGCUGUUCUCUGCCUAACCACGUAUUUCCCCAUUUUCUCUCAUUCUCUUUGCUUUAAUCUUGUGUGGUGUUAGGUCUGCUAUAGGCUAUUUCCUACUGUCUCUUGUACUUUCUUCAAACACUUUUAUAAUACUUUUAUGACUGUAUUUAAAAAAAACCUGACUAUAUUUUUACUGGUAUGAACAUUUAAAAAUCUACAACUUCUGCAUAGUAAUUGGUCGUGCUUCUUCUGGUCACUGAAUUAUCUACUCGCUCUGGACUUCAGUUCCCCAGCAUUUUCUUCUCAAACGUAUUACUGUUAAUAAUACUCAUCAUUUGCCAGGAUUGCUGCUACUUCCUAAUAAAGACACAAAUGUCUGUCUCUUGUUUUUAACCUAAAACCUUAAUUAAAGCUUUAAUUAAGCAUUGCACAUUCAAAA